CAGUGGCACACGUUCUAUGUCGCGCGUGCGCAGUCCACUUUGCCACGCGCCUGUCUCAACGUGUAUGCGCACGCACCUGCCGGAGUCGCGCGACGGUGGGGACAGAAGGACCCCGCGUCCCUCUGUCUUUUGGGUUGCCCUGAUGAAUGCCUGAAGAGAAGAUGUCUGAAGUCGCAGCAGAGAAGCAGCCCCUGGCUGAACCGCUCCCGCAGGAGAUCCCAGCACGGCCUGCACUCCCUGCCAAGCAGGAGGCUGCCCCAGCCCGGACACGGUGCCCCAGCUCCGACCUGGAACCGAUCUGCAUUGAGGACGAACCCGCCCAGCCCAGUCCCAAGGGGAAGGUCAAGGCCUCUUCCAGCAAUAGCCCUGUCUAUCGCCUGGGUUCCAACCAGUGCUUCCACUGCCUGAUCACCUUCCCGGACGAGAAGUUCAAGGAGCGGCAUAUGAAGCGGGAGCACCCCGAGGACUUUGUGCAGGAGAAUCUGCGCGACGCCCUCUUCGUCUGCUUCAUCUGCAGCAAGCCCUUCGAGAGCUCCCGCGCCCUCAUCUGCCACCAGCGCGGGCACGCCCCCGCCCCGCCCCCUGACUGCCCUGACUGCCUGCGCCCCGCCUUCGAGUGCCCCGACUGCGGCCGCCGCUUCGGCCAGCUGGUCAGCUACCAGCGUCACCGGCUGGGCCACGCCGCCGGCCGCAGCCUGCCCCACCAGUGCCCCGACUGCGGCAAGAGCUUCCGCCAGCUCUCCAACCUGCGCCGCCACCAGGCCUCCCACCAGCGCCCCCUGGAGCUGCUGCCCUCCCGCCCCUACUCCUGCACGGAGUGCGGCGAGAGCUUCGCCCAGGAGGCCGGCCUGCACGAACACUACAUCCGGCACGCCCGCGGCGAGCUCUAGCUCCCCCUCCAGCCCCAGUGGGGAGAGCUGGGACUGCAGCAGACUGCCCCCCUCUUCUGCCACCGAGCCCUCUCCGGGCGCUGGGACAGCCGGCCGCCUGGCAGGAAGUCGAGCUAGAAUGGGACUGGAAGGACUUUGAUGGGACUGAGUAGAUUGGAUGGAGCAGGACAUGGGGCCUUUCCCCCCUCGAGGGCGCCAGCUCCCAUCCGGCCCCAAGGCAGGGAAUUGGCUAGCUCAGGGGGGCGGGGAAUGGGGCACGGGACCUGUCCACUCUAGGGAGCGCGGUCUCCUAUCCGGUCCCAGGGCGGGAGGGCUAGCUGGCUCAGGGGGCUGCAGAGAUCAGGCUGUACCUCUGAAACGCCUCCCCCUCCCCCCUGUGUCAGUGUGCGACACGCACACCCCACGGCAUCUCUCUCCACACACCCUGCUCUUCCUCCCAUAAGCGCCUCGCGCCUCCCCUGCAGCCGAGCUCCAAGCGCUCCGCGGCACCGGCCGUCACUCCCUAGCCCGGGUGGAGUCUGCAGUGCCCCCCACUGAAGUCCUGGCGGGAGAGGACCUAACCCAAACAUGUCCUCUUUCUGUGCUUGGGGCGGGGGGGUGCUUUCCAGAGCCCGUGUGUCGGAUCCCUGGGCCAUUAUCUUGCAGUGUGGCAUGAUCUCUCUGACUUCCCAAGUGUAGCUGGACCCAGAUCUUGUCCUGAUACAGCCGUGUCAGCGCGGGGGUGAUUUUUACCCUGCUAUAGUUAUCCCAGUGCAGCCCCUGGCACGGAGGCACUUACUCCAGUACAAAGGGCCGUUAUGCCAGUGGGUGGGCACCAGGCUAACCAGUAUAACUGUCCAGUGUUGCAGGGGUCACAGACCUGAUGCCAGGGGCACUUGCCUGCUCCCCAAGGGGGCGUCCAUCUUCACUACAUGCUUUGGGGCGGAGCUGGGCAGCCAUGGGAAGGAAGCUUUCGGCGGCAGUUCGGAGCGGAAGGGGGGAGACUUCGGGUGGUGAAAAGAGCCGGGCUCCCCCACCAGGCUGCAGGGGCACUGGGGUGAGGGGAAGGUCCUAUUUUUCAUAUGGAAACAAUAAAGUGUUGGAAGCUGA